AUGGAAGCUGAAGAGGAAGGGGCAAAAAAACUGUCAGAGGUAAACUUCGAAAACUUACCUCCCAACUACCAUAAUGAGUCCAACAUGGAAACCAGAAUUGGUAAUAAAACUGUUCAGACUCAUCAAGAAAUUGAUAAGGUUACAGAUAACAAAACUGGAUCAACAGUUUUUUCUGAGACAGUUAUUACAUCUAUCAAAGAUGGAGAAAACAAAAGAAAUCAUGAGUGUAUCAUUGACGAAGACUGUGAAACAGGGAAAUAUUGCCAGUUCUCCACCUUUGAAUACAAAUGUCAGCUCUGUAAAACCCAGCAUACACACUGCUCACGGGAUGUUGAAUGCUGUGGAGACCAGCUUUGCGUUUGGGGCGAGUGUAGGAAAGCCACUUCAAAAGGAGAGAACAGCACCAUUUGUGAGAACCAACAUGACUGCAACCCUGGAAUGUGCUGUGCUUUCCAGAAAGAACUCCUGUUUCCUGUGUGCACUCCAUUACCUGAAGAAGGCGAACCCUGCCAUGAUCCUUCAAACAGACUCCUCAACCUUAUCACCUGGGAACUGGAACCUGAUGGAGUACUUGAGCGAUGCCCAUGUGCAAGUGGCUUGAUCUGCCAGCCUCAGAGCCACAGCACUACAUCUGUAUGUGAGCUGUCUGCCAACGAAACCAGGAAUAAUGAAAAAGAAGAUCCCUUAAUCAUGGAGGAGAUGCCAUUUCUCAGCUUGAUACCCAGAGAUAUUCUUUCUGAUUAUGAAGAAAGCAGUGUCAUUCAGGAAGUGCGUAAAGAAUUAGAAAGUCUGGAGGACCAAGCAGGUUUGAAGCCUGAGCCUGACUUAGCUCAUGACCUGUUUUUGGGAGAUGAAAUUUAAAGUCCAAACACCAGACAGUUUAGUUAUUUCUAGAAAUUUUUGUCUAGUGUCUCGCUUAUAUAAACCCUAAACACAUACUGCUGGAUAGAAGUGCAAUAAAGAAGGUCUUCAAUGAGCAUCCUUUUCUGUGCACCAAAGCCGCAUGUU